AUGGAUGGACAACGUGGAAUGUUCUGGGAUGAAUUUAGACUAGUGGACUGUGGCUUUCAAGGAUGGCAGAUAGAAAAUUGUGGUCAUAGCGAGGAUGCUGGUGUAGUUUGUUUACCCCCACUCACUCUCCCACUUCUUCGCCUACACUACACCGUUCACCACCACGACUCAUCAUUACUUCUCCUCUCUCCAUUACACCGUUUGACGACACUUCACCGUCCUCUACGACUACAGCGUCGACGACCACUUCUCCGUCGACUACGACUACAGCGUCGACGACCACUUCCCCGUCGACUACGACUACAGCGUCGACGACCACUUCACCGUCGACUACGACUACAGCGUCGACGACCACUUCACCGUCAACUACGACUACAGCGUCGACGACCACUUCACCGUCGACUACGACUACAGCGUCGACGACCACUUCACCGUCGACUACGACUACAGCGUCGACGACCACUUCACCGUCGACUACGACUACAGCGUCGACGACCACUUCACCGUCGACUACGACUACAGCGUCGACGACCACUUCACCGUCAACUACGACUACAGCGUCGACGACCACUUCACCGUCGACUACGACUACAGCGUCGACGACCACUUCACCGUCGACUACGACUACAGCGUCGACGACCACUUCACCGUCGACUACGACUACACUGUCAACUACCAAUACUCCAUUCAUAGCAACGGCAC